AUGAGUUCUGGAUCCAGGCUGCUCGUCAAGGAUGACCAUCAGUUGACGAUGCAGCUUCAUGCUUCGCUGCACCUGUAUCCAGUCUUCACAUUCGCAUUCCAGCAUGUGCAUGAAAUUGUGUUGGAAGACUGCAUGAGUUGCACGAGGUUAAUUCAGUAUUGUAUGCUGCUACACGGGGUAACGUCUAUCUGA